AUGGCUUCUGGCGUGCCUAUCGAAAUCGCCUCCGCGAUCCAGUCCGCCAGCAUCAAGCGCCAUCCCUCUCCCACCCAUGACAUCAACCCUGCGACGGCCGCCUCCGCAAAACAGCCCGUCCAACUCUCUUCAUGUCCUGGUCCUGGCCCCGAUGCCCUCGAUGAUGCUGCCGAAGAUGAAAUUCCGCUCUCCGUACUGCAGCCAAUCCCGCGGCGGAAUACGAUGCCCCCGCUGCCGGAUCUGCGGUUUGAACAGAGCUAUUUGAAGAGCAUUGAGAAGGCCGAGGGCUGGAGCGGCGUGCUCUGGAUUACGUUUAGGGAUCAAGUCUUGAUGUGCUUCGCCCAAGGUGUGCUAUGGACUCUCAUUCUCAAUGGCUGGCGGCACUGGAAUCGUUCCUCCAAGUUCAACGGACGCAGCGUCGGUGCGAGAAUAAGGCGGUGGUGGUGGGGGGUCAACAAGUGGGCGAUCCCUGCGGAGAAGAAAGGAGCAUUGAGGGACAAGAAAUUCGCGAGGAACCUUUCGGAUUAUUACAAAGGACGGUUCUCAAGCACUGCCCGCGACUAGGUAGUUUGGACCAUGUAAAGUCCUCCGCACAGCAUUAUAAAAGGCAUCAAUUGGCGUAUUGGGAAUUGGAACAGAAGGCUGUACUGCGCAUUAGCACCUAUCACGGGACCUGGCGGGGUUAUCACUAUCCGAACAGAAAUCCGCAUCAUCUUGAAGCUUCCCACCAAUCUCAGC